AUGGGCUUCUAUUUUCCGGGUCCCGGUCCAUCCCUUAUCUUGCCAGAACUCUCCACUGCUUUCCACAACCAACCCCCUGUUUACAAUGCAACCAUCAACGAAGAAGGUCCAAGUCCGACAAUGGCGAAUGAAUUCAGGCUGGUAUCUCCUGGAAAAGACCACGAGGGAAGGCUACCAAGAAAGUACACAAGCGACGGACAGGGUGCUCUGAAGAACAUAUCGCCGCCGUUGGAGUGGUACAAUGUGCCGGAGGGGACGAAGAGGUUGGCACUGGUGGUGGAGGACAUUGAUGCCCCUGAUCCUGAUGGGCCUAUCGUGCCGUGGACUCACUGGGUGGUGGCGAACAUCCCACCGACGUUGAAGGAUCUGCCGGAGGGGUUCUCUAAGAAGGAAGAUGAGAUGGGUGGUGAGUAUGCUGAGAUCAAAGAAGGAAACAAUGAUUGGAAGGUCCCGGGUGGCGCGGCCCGAAGCUGCCGUCGCCGGGGCAUCGGUUCCAGUUCAAGCUCUAUGCAUUGGAUGAUGAUCAGCUGCAUCUUGGACAUGAGGUUUCGAUUUGGAUAUGGGUUUCUUUUCGGGUCUUUAGUGACGAAGGAGAAGCUGUUGGAGGUAAUAAAGGGGCAUGUGAUUGGGGAGGCGCUUCUG